AUGCCUACCCCCGGCCUCCUCUACGUGACGAUGCAGCCCAAGGGCUCGCUUCCAGAGGCGCAAUUCCACGACUGGUACAACACCGAGCAUGGUCCGCUGCGCCUGCGUUUGCCCUUCAUUACCAAUGGCUUCCGGUUCCGAGCCACCGACGGCGAGCAGCCCGAGUAUGUCGCCCUCUACGACAUCACCGACAUGGACGAGUUGACCCGUAAGACCUACCUGGACCUGCGGACCGAUCUGAUCAAGACGGAGCGCGAGAAGAAGACCAUGGCCCAGAUCGACGUCGGCCGUUUGCUGUACGACCUCGUGGACGAGCGCCGCGUGUCCGACUAUCGCCCGCUGGAGACGCAAGCCGACACCGAUGCCGAGACCCGCGGCAGCGUCAUGGUCGCCGUCACCACCACCACCCACCCCGACCCCGAGAAGCAGGCCGAGCAUGACCGCUGGUACCGCGACGAACACUUCGAGAUGCUCUCUCGCGUCCCCGGCUGGCGCCGCAGCCGUCUCUUCGUGACCGCCGCCAUCGAUACCCAGGCCCCGCGCGAGACCCUGGCCCUGCACGAAUAUGCCCCCGUCAACGGCCUCGGCGGCGACGCCCACAAGGCCGCCAUGAGCACCCCCUGGCGCGAACGCCUGCAGAAGGACGUCGUGGCCUCCAAGCGCCGACGGACCUACCAGUGCCACGACUGCGCCGGUCCCUGGUCCUCCAACGACGGCAAGACACGCACAUUCCCUUCCACCACCCGUCCAGCCGUCGAGUCCUUCGUGACAACGGCUGAUGGUGUCGAGAUCCCCUACCGCCUCGAGGGCAGCACUGACCCGACCGCCCCCGUCGUGGUGCUCAGCAACUCCAUCCUCGUCGACUGGCACAUCUGGGACCGUUUCGUGGAUGCCUUCCUCGCGCGUAGGGAGAACCAGCGCUACCGCGUCGUGCGGUAUCUGACGCGGGGCCGCCACUCGGCAAGCGGCUCGCAGCCCGUCAACAUCGACCUGCUCGCCUCCGAUCUGAACACUCUUCUCGACCACCUCCGAGUGCCCCCGAAGGCCGCGCGCCUGAUCGGUGUGAGCCUGGGCGGCGUGACGGUGCUCAACACCUCGCUUCUCUUCCCCGAGCGCGUGGGCGCCUUCAUCUCCUGCGAUACCAACUCAUCCGCGCCCGAGUCCAACCGCAAGGCAUGGAGCGACCGCGUCGCCAUGUGCAAGGAGGAAGGCUCCGUCAGCGCCGAGACCCAGGAGCCCAUUGUCGGAGAGAACCUGGCCGAGGUGACGACGCGACGCUGGUUCGUCCCGGAGUCGUACGAGACCCAGCCCGAGGUGCUGGCAGCAGUCAAGGAGGCGGUCCGUACCAACAGCCUGAAGGGUUUCGAACACAGUGUCCAGGCGCUAUGCGCCUACGACAUCCGCGAGCGCAUGGCCAGCGCGACCGUACCGGGCCUGUUUGUGGCCGGUGCCAACGACGGAGUGCUGCCCCAGACCAUGCAGAAGAUGGCGGCGGAUCUCAAAGGCGGCGCAGAGCUGAAGAUCAUCGAGAAGGCCGGCCAUCUGCCCAUGGUGGAGCAACCCGAGGCGUUUGCGCAGGUGGUGACUGACUUCCUGGGCAAGAUUGAUGCUUAA